UCGUCUGGUCCUCCUCUGGUUACCAAGAAAUAUUCCUGUGAAAAUAACGUGGUCGUGGUCUCGAUUCCUGUCUGUAUUCUUGUAAGUUUGUUGCUCGAAAGUCGAAACUGUCUCAUUGCUCUUACUUGUCAAUUGAUGAAGUGAUGGCUUGAGGAAAGUGCUCGUAUUCAGGCAUUAUAUCUAUUGAUAAUGUGAACACAUUCUUAUUCUACAGGAUUUUUCAUCGUAAUCCACAUCGCAGAUUGUACGCCCAAGGAAGAUCUUGUCCUCAAGUAUGAAGGGUGCAAGGAGAAAACAGCCUUUAGGCUCGGAUGAGGAAGAUAAUUUAUCAAUUGAUUAUCAGCUACCAGAUUCUGACCAAGAGUUGGAUGAAGAUGAUAAAGCAAUCUUAAAGAAAACAAGACAGCAGUUGCAUGGAGCAAAUGAUACUGAUUCUGACAGCGAGGAAGAAGUUCUGCCUUUACAGUCAUCUUCAGAAGACAGUGAUGAUUCCGAUGAUGAAGAAAAUUCUGAAGAUGAGGACAAAGAUGUCCUUGGGGAUGAUGAAGGGGACUUGCCUGACCCAAAAGCAUGGGGACGGAAACGGAAAAAUUACUAUGACACCGAUUACGUAGAUCAAGAUUUUGGCGGGUUCCAGAAUGAGAAAGAUGAGGAAGCGGCAUUGAUGGAGGAGGAAGAGGCUCGAGCAAUUCAGCGAAGGCUUGCUGAACAAUUAGAUGACCUUGACCCUGUCCUCACUUUUGCCACCUUGGGUGACUUAACAAAAGUAGUUGAUGAUGCUGAUGACAAGAAAGAAAUUAUUGAGACUGACUUUAGUCAAAUGAACAAGAGAGAUCGAAUAACUUUAUUACAAAAAGAAUCUCCCGAGUUUCUAGGUUUCAUCGCUGAUUUUAAAAGUUAUUUAGAUUGCGUUCAAGACAACCUGCUCAGUGUAGUCACAUCCUUGAAAGCCAAUCAAUUACCUUCAACUCCUGCCACCCAAUUUGUUUUGUCGAUGACUCAGUUAAUCAUGAAUUAUGUUACCAACAUUAGUUUUUAUUUGUUAUUGAAAGCUCAAAAUUCAACCAUCAAAAAUCAUCCUGUCAUGAAACAUUUAUUGCAAUGCAGAGAAUUGAUCAAGGAAAUGGAGCCCAUGUACAAGAAUCAAAUUCAGCCCGAACUGGAAUUAGUUAUGACGAAAAUUUCAGAAAUGUCAAUGGAGAAUAUUUCUUGUUUCAGUGAUGUAUCUAAAAAGAAACGGAAGCUCCUGAACCUACUUCCUCUGACUAGCUCUAGAAGUAAGAAGAAAAAACUGGAGGAAGGAGAGAAUUCAGUGGAAGCAGAAACAGCCGAUGAUUCACUGAACUCUGAAGAAAGUGAGGCUGAAAGUGGUAGAGAUUCAGCAGAUGAAGGAAUCAGAACUGAAGAGACGAACAACAUAGAAAUGAACAGCACCGAUGACAAACGAGGAAUCACCUAUCAAAUUGCUAAAAAUAAAGGACUGACACCUCACAGGAAGAAAGAAAAUAGGAAUCCCAGGGUCAAGCUGAAGAAUAAGUUUCGUAAAGCAAAAAUCAGGAGGAAAGGACAGGUCCGAGAAGUCAAACGAGAAAUCAAAAGAUAUGGUGGUGAGGCGUCAGGAAUCAAAGCAUCAGUCACCAAGAGCAUCAAAAUUAAAUACUAAAGUGCAACUGUUAUCCUUGAUAGUUUUUGCUGGUUGUUGCGUCUUUCUUUGGUCUAUUUAUUAAGCUCUGUUACAAUAAAAGAUAAUGAUUUUUCAAA